AUGUCGAAUUUGUACGGGGAUUAUAACCAAAAGAUUGAUUACGUGUUCAAGGUGGUGUUGAUUGGGGACUCCGCAGUCGGCAAAACCCAACUUCUUGCACGUUUUGCAAGGAACGAAUUCAGCUUCGAUUCAAAGGCAACCAUUGGGGUUGAGUUUCAGACUAAAACACUCAUCAUUGAUAACAAGACCAUCAAGUCUCAGAUUUGGGACACCGCUGGCCAAGAAAGGUACAGAGCAGUUACAAGUGCAUACUAUCGAGGUGCUGUAGGUGCAAUUUUAGUUUAUGACAUGACUAAGCGUCAGUCGUUUGACCACAUGGUAAGGUGGUUGGAAGAGUUGCGAAGCCAUGCUGACCAAAGUAUUGUCAUCAUGCUAAUUGGGAACAAGUGUGAUUUGGGAAACCUUAGAGCAGUGCCAAUGGAAGAUGCAGAGGAGUUUGCACAAAGAGAGAACCUGUUCUUUAUGGAGACAUCAGCACUUGAGUCCACUAAUGUUGAAACUUGCUUUUUGACCAUUCUAACAGAGAUAUACCGGAUUCAUGCCAAGAAAUCACUCACUGCUAAUGAUGACGAUGAUAGUGGGGGUUCAGGUCUUCUUAAGGGAAGCAGAAUAAUUGUUCCCAACCAAGACAUGGAUCAUGGUGGAAAAAAAGGUGGUUGUUGCUAG